AUGGCGCAGCCACAGCCACAGGCCGCUCAGCCGGAGACGGAUUCUACCCCUGCAGAGAUCACGUUCGAUCCUCAAAUUGCUCCCGCAAAUGGCAGCGUCGAGCCCGAAGAAAUCACGCAGAUCUCUCCACUCGAACUGGACAUGCCCACUGCAGUACCAGCCAAUACACACGCCACUGCAGAAGCGGAAGGUGCUUCUCUGGCGGAUUUUGACUUUGCUGCGUUUCUGCGUUCGAAAGAUCCGGCACAGAAGUACAUUAUUACGGACUUUGCCCGCGGCCGAUCCUGGAUCACCGUUCACGCUCGCAAGGAGCUUCAGCACUCGACUGUACUCGGUCAAGUCAUCGCCCAUAACUUUGGGACGUUUCCUUUCCAUGAGGAUCUUCUCCUCACCUAUGAACCUGCGGCCCAGUCUGAAACACCAGCAGGGGAGAAGCAGCCACACAGUCCUCGUGAUCUCGAACGCGCGGCGUUGACUCUGUUCACCAGACCUCCGUUCCCUGGAAACACGCCCGCGAACAUGUUUUUUCGAUCUUUGGGCAAGCUCCCUCCUUACAGAAAGAUCGUCCCUCCACUUGAAGGCCAGCUGUAUGCAGUCGCAAAAAAGACUGGCGUGAAGAUUCCAGAGCCACUUUUGUACGACGAGGCCGGGGUUCUGGUCACGACAUACCUCGGCGAGCUUUGCCCCCUGUCCACAUUUUUCAACUAUCUGCUCUCCAAGGAUACAACGAAUGCAGUUCCCCCAUCUAGGGAGCCUGCUGUCCGGGAGCUUCUGCGGUCGGAAGAUUUGGCUGAAGCCUUGUUAAAGAAUGCCGGAAAGAGUUUGGGUCGAUUCCUUGCAAGCAUCCAUGACCCCGAAACAUCCCGACGAAUCCAAAGUUCCUUGCCAGAGAUGCCUGACGACACGCCUGCAAGAUCGGAAUAUGCUACAACGACAAUUCUAGCAGAAAUUGAGCUGAUGAGAGACCGUCUUAAAGACUGGCCCGGCCUCUUUGCCAAUUCCACCGAACUCAACGAUAUUUGUGAGGCUCUUACGGCCGAUUUGACGCAGCCACUCCACAGAGAUGAAUAG